AUGGGUCUGCUGGGGCUGAAGCACCUCGGCCUAGGUCCCAAGCUUGGCAAAGUGCGGUCGGAUGGGACGGUCCUGCUCCCGUCUCUGUCCGUCUCUGCACCUCUGCUGAUCUCAGAAGCGGACGUUCAGGCCUACCACCGCGCAGUCAAGGCGGACAACACAGCUGCCCCGCUGUUCCUCCUGGCGCCCCUCGCCGCACCCCUCGUACCCUCGCUUAUGCUCCUCGCUGCCAAUCCCAUCAAGCCACUCGGCGCCGUCAACGUGCGCAAUACUUUCGUCUUCCACCGGCCAGACUUGCAGAGCGGGCGCAAAGAGGAUGGGAAGGAUUUACGGGCAGAAGCCAAGAUGGGCGGGGAGAAGAUGCUGGGGCGGCGGAUGAAGCGGGGUGUAGAGUAUGAUACUCUCAUCGAGGUGUUUGAGGCUGGGGAUACCGCGUCUCCUGGGCAGAAGCGGCCGAUCUUCUCGUUUACAUUUACUACGCUCUCACUCGUCCGCCUACCCUCAUCGGCGCCCCUCUAUGCGGGAGCUGUAGCCUCCGCAAGCAUGGAGCCAGCCUGGUACGACGAUCCCACUCCGCUCUCCCUCCCCACCUCCUCGACGCCCCUCGGCUGGGCGUCGCUAUCGAAAGACUACAACCCCAUCCAUGUCUCGCCCUUCCUCGCCAGGCUGUUCGGCUUCAAGCGGAACAUCGCCCAUGGCAAUCUGAUCGUCGGAAUAGUGAUGGACCGGGCCACCUCCGUCCCCAGGGCGGAUAAGGGGAACCGAGCGAGGGCGGCAUUAGGGCGCUUGUGGUCGUCGGACCAGAUGAAGCCGAGUUGGCUGGUGGUCGAGUUCAAACGGCCGGUCUUCGUACCUUCCUCGCCAAAGGUCAGGUGGUCCGAGGGCGGGGUGCAGGUGUUUGAGGAGGCGGGCCUUGGCAGAGGGAAGAAAGCGCCGGGACAGGCCGAGAGCGAGAUUAGGGUCUUAGUAGACAUACGAGCAGGGGAAGGGGUAAAUGUCCCCGCGGUAUAG